CACAUAUCAGACUUCACAUAGUUACUUAGAGAUUUUUCAAGCAACAAAAUUCAUUAUUAAUAUUUUUUUAGAAAAAAACUACUCAUCAAGAAUUAGAUUUUUGACAAAGAGAAAAUAUAAUUAAUCAUGGACUCAAAGGUUUUGCAAAAACUGAGGCCUUUCAUUGGUGUUAUUUUCUUGCAAUUCGGUAGUGCCGGUUUUGGUAUAGUCGCAAAGGCGGCUCUAAAUCAAGGCAGCAGCAAUUACACUUUCGCCGUCUACAGAAAUGCAAUUGCCGCUGCCCUUUUCAUCCCUUUCGCCCUCAUUUUCGAGAGGAAAACUAGGCCGAAAAUGACCUUCAGCGUAAUGUGGAAGAUCUUGUUGCUUAGCUUAUUCGACCCAGUUAUCGGGCAGAACAUGUUCUAUGCCGGGAUGAGAUAUUCAUCGGCCACUUUUGCUGCAGCCCUUUGCAAUCUCAUUCCUGCUAUCACUUUCGUAUUGGCUUGGAUACUUAGGAUUGAAAAAGUGAACUUCAAAAGCCUUCACAGUCAUGCAAAAAUUAUGGGGACUUUGGUUACUGUAGGUGGAGCCAUGAUUAUGACUCUAAUUGCUGGGCCCGUGAUAGGAUUGCCGUGGACACACGAAUCACAUAAUAAUCAACAAGCCUCUGCAAAUCCUGAAAAUCCUAUUAAGGGAGCUAUCAUGAUCGCCGUUGGUUGUACCGGCUAUUCCGCUUUUUACACUCUUCAGGCAAUUACAUUGAAAUCUUACCCAGCCGGGCUUUCUCUAACGGCUAUGGUGUGUUCUAUUGGAGCCUUCCUUGGAACUAUUCUAACUUUUGUGGCCGAGAGAGGAAAUACUUCAAUUUGGGCCUUUGGAUUGGAUGCCAAACUCUUGGCAUAUGUCUACGGGGGAGUGGUGUGUUCUGGUAUAACAUAUUAUUUAUCCGGGGUGAUAAUGAAAGAAAAAGGACCGGUUUUUGUUACCGCAUUUAAUCCUCUGGGCAUGGUCAUCGUCGCAGUUAUGAGUUCUUUCAUUUUUGCCGAGCAAAUGACAGUUGGAAAGGUAUGUGGCGCUACAGUCAUCGUUAUUGGGUUGUACUUAGUAAUUUGGGGCAAAAGCAAGGACCAGAAAGCAAUAGAAAUUUCCCAGCAACAACUGCCAAAAACAGCCACAAGCCCUUCAACAAAUGAUGAGCCCAAAGCUGAUCGUGCAAACAAAACAAUAGCUGGUCCUGAAGCUGUUUAAUAAAUCAAAGAUUUAGAUACUUUUAUUGUAUUCAUUAUUUGGUCCAACCAAUCCUAAUAAAUUAAUUUAGGUGAUUUUUCUGUUGCAAUUUUAUUUUGUAGAAUUUACCAAAAUGAAGCAAACUAGCAAACUCUUACAAGAAAACAUAUAUAAUUCUUACAUAGUUCGAUUCAAACCGCGUGCAAUGGAUUCGAAGUUAUUACAUAAAGUGAGGCCUUAUUUGGGUGUUAUUUUCUUGCAAUUCGGGAGUGCCGGUUUUGGUAUAGUCGCAAAGGCGGCUCUAAAUCAAGGCAGCAGCAAUUACACUUUCGCCGUCUACAGAAAUGCAAUUGCCGCUGCCCUUUUCGUCCCUUUCGCCCUCAUUUUCGAGAGGAAAACAAGGCCGAAAAUGACGUUCAAUGUAUUUUGGAAGAUCUUGUUGCUUAGCUUAUUUGACCCGGUUAUCGGUCAGAACAUGUUCUAUGCCGGGAUGAGAUAUUCAUCGGCCACGUUUGCUGCAGCCCUUUGCAAUCUCAUUCCUGCUCUCACUUUUGUAUUGGCUUGGAUACUUAGGAUUGAAAAAGUGAACUUCAAAAGCCUUCGCAGCUAUGCAAAAAUUAUGGGGACUUUGGUUACUGUAAGUGGAGCCAUGAUUAUGACUUUGAUUGUUGGGCCCGUGAUAGGAUUGCCAUGGACACGCGAAUCCCAUGAUAAUCAACAAACUUCUGCAGAAGAUCCAGUUAAGGGAGCUAUCAUGAUUGCUGUUGGUUGUACUGGUUACUCCGCUUUUUAUACCCUUCAGGCAAUUACCUUGAAAUCAUACUCUGCUGGGCUUUCUCUAACGGCUAUGGUGUGUUCUCUUGGAGCCUUCCUCGGAACUAUUCUCACUUUCGUGGCCCAGAGAGAAAAUACUUCAAUUUGGGCCUUUGGAUGGGAUGCCAAACUCUUAGCAUAUGUCUAUGGGGGAGUGGUGUGUUCCGGCAUAACAUACUACUUAUCCGGGGUGAUAAUGAAAGAAAAGGGACCAGUUUUCGUUACCGCAUUUAAUCCUCUGGGCAUGGUCAUCGUCGCAGUUAUGAGUUCUUUCAUUUUCGCAGAGCAAAUGACAGUCGGAAAGAUAUGUGGUGCAACAGUUAUUGUCACUGGGUUGUACUUAGUAAUUUGGGGCAAAAGUAAGGACGGGAAAGUAAUAGAAGAUUCCCAACAACUGCCAAAAACAUCCAGAAGUCUUUCGACAAAUGUUGAACCGAAAGUUGAACGUGCCACGAGCAUCCGAAUCCGUACCCAGUCGUUUAAUCACAAACCAUUCACUUUAUCAUCCACACCAUCAUUUCAUUAAAUAUCAUUUUAAAUGCUUCUACAUGUGUUAUACACUACUUUGAAAAAAUGUGGAAUCUAUUAUUAAAAAAAAUAAUAAUAAUAAUAAUAAGUUGUUAGUUGUUAGAUGAAAUGAGGGUUCGAGAAGCUUCCACACAGAGGCAAACACAUUGCAUGCACCAAGCACCUGACUGUGCAUCAGCUAGAAAAUUCGAGCUGACACAAUCCUCUGCAUUUGCCUUGUUUGGAUUUGAAUGAACGGUAUUGAUGCAGCCGACACAUUGUACUGUUUAGUGCUUAUUUAUUUAGGGUUUCGAUCAUAUAUAUAGGACAAGGUUGUAACCAAGUUGUUUAGUUUACCGAAUGAAGAAAGCAUGAAAGCAUUAAUGGGAAGAACGAUUUUUUUUUCCUAUGACGAAAAUUUUAGUUUUAACAGCUGACUAAAAUAACUCGUUGAUUCCAAC